GUAAAAAUGUCAACUAAACCGGAACCAGAAAAUCCCGAUUCUGGUACACCAAAAACUCUCUCAGUUGACGAUGAUGAUAUAGUUGUUAUUGAAGAUCAGAAUACUCCGAAGUAUAGAGAGGCAGCUCUCAGAAGAUCAAAUUCGAGCUCGUCGGAUUUUGAUGAAAAAUGGGAGCCAGAACUUGAUGAGGAAGAUUUCUGUGAAAAUGACGCGGAUGUGUUGGCUGAGCCAAUUAGCUCAAAAUCCAGGAAAAAGUCACGACGAAGUGAUUCCUCAGAAUUCGUGCCAAGUGAAGAGUCUGACGAUGAUGAAGAGUACGAAGUUCUCGAAAAAUCGAGGAAAAAAGGACGGAAAUCUGGAUCCAGUUCUCGAUCUUCAUCAGAUGAUUUCAUUGAGUCUGAUGACAAUGAGGAUUACAAAUCGGCAGGAUUGCUAGAUGACAAUGAUUCGAAAAACUUUAAAGCUCGUAUUGAUAAGCUGAAGCCUGAAGCCACGAGUGAGCUUGUCGACACGCGGAUGGUUACGUCGGAGGAGUAUGGAAAGUCAAGCAAGCCUUGGAAAGUGAACGCUGGAGUCUGGAAUAAGCUUCACAAGUUCCAACAGGAAGGUGUCGAGUGGUUGCAGAAGAAGACUGAUCAUCGGAGCGGAGGAAUAUUGGCGGACGAAAUGGGUCUUGGAAAGACAAUUCAAUCAGUUGUCUUUUUGAGAUCAAUUCAAGAAACCGCUCGUACUCAUUACAAAACCACUGGCCUUGACACCGCUCUAAUCGUCUGCCAUGUCUCAAUCAUCGCACAAUGGAUUAAGGAGCUGAACCAGUGGUUUCCGAAAGCUCGAGUUUUUCUGCUCCACUCACACUGUUCUACCGGCCGACAAGAAGAUUACGUAGGAAGUAUCUUCCGAAAACUGCAGAGAAGACGCAAAGAGUAUCCGGACGGCGCCAUCAUCCUCACCACCUACUCACUGUUCACCAAACUGAAGAAGCCCAUUGUGAAGCAUCUUUGGCAGGUUGUGAUUCUAGAUGAAGGGCAUUAUAUUAGAAAUGAAAACACAAAAUGCUCAAUUGCUAUGCGGAAGCUUAUGACGACCCAGAGAUUUAUCCUGACCGGCACACCAUUCCAAAAUCGACUCUCGGAAUUUUGGAAACUUGUCGAUUUUGUGCAUCCCGGACGGCUCUCGGACUCGGCGACAUUCCAUCGCAAUUUUACGCAUAUCAUCAAUGCUGGAGCCAACCUGAACUGCUCACCUGAAGCCGCUGCAAAAGCAUAUGAGUGCCUUGUAGCUCUGCACAUAGCCGUGAAGCCCCUCAUUCUUCGAAGACUUCAAGAAGAUCACAAAGAGGUGCUUCAACUGCCGGAGAAGCAGGAAAUCGUUCUCAGUUGUGAGCUCUCCAAAAGACAAAGGAGAUUGUACAUGGAAUACGGGAAUUCGCAUCAAGUAAAUGAAAUUAUUGAGCGCAGAUUGAAAGCUUUCGUCGGCAUCAACCACCUCACCAACAUUUGCAACCAUCCGGGAAUCUAUCGUUCUCUGAGCCCUGCAAGCCCAAAAUUUGGCUCCAUCAAAGAUAGUGGAAAGGUGGAAAUGACGUUCAAAUUAUUUGAUGAUUGGUUCAAGUCCCCCACCAAUCGUGUGAUCCUGUUUACUCAGAGAAGAACAGUCAUCACGAUGAUGGAGUAUUUUCUUGCCGAGAAGGGAAUCAAAUGCGUCUCACUCACUGGAGCCGACUCCGCUGCAGCCCGUCCCAAGAUCAUCAAGAAAUUUGAAGAUGACGUAAGCAUCAAGGUGUUCUUGAUGACAACUCGUGCGGGAGGUCUCGGACUCAACCUGACGUGUGCAAACAAGGUGAUAAUUUUUGAUCCUGACUGGAACCCACAAGCUGACAAUCAAGCCAAGAACCGGAUUUAUCGGAUGGGUCAGACCAAUGAUGUAGCGAUCUACCGACUCGUGUCUAAUGGAACCAUUGAAGAUCUGAAGUUCUUUAAGCAAGUUCAAAAGGAGAAUCUUGCUGCUCGCCUACUACACAAUGCUGAAAUCGAUCAGUUUGUCCCGAACAACACACUUGCUGAUCUCUUCCGCCUUAAGCCAAAAGGGCUCGAAGGAUCUGAAAUCGGAGUCUACUUGGAUGGCGAGAUCGCGAGAGAAGGAUCAAAGAAACAAAAACGUGACAAGGUGGAGAAGAAGGCCGCCAAGAAACGGAUGAAGAACAAGCUGGCAGGAUUCGAGGACAAGAAGCUCCUUCUGUCUCUGUUUGAUGAUGAUAAGCUGGUUGCCAUGCGAGAGCACUCGAUCUCACUUCAAAAUUCGUCUUCGAUGAACCGAAUUGAAAAGAUGAAAAUGAGAAAGUCUAUUGACGAUGCUGUUGGGAGUUUGCUUCAUACAGAAGGACGCCUUGCGCACACUUGGAAACAAGUAUUCCACAAGCAACUUCGUAAAACCUUGAAGAAAUCCAUCAACGGAGACUAUUUUGUCGAGGAGGAGCAAUUGGAUUCAUAUUGGAAUACAGUGCAUUCGGGAUUUCGUGCAAACGACGAUCAGCGAGAGCUUGAUCGUCUUGUGAAGCUUGCCACCGACAUGCUCCAGUUCUUCAAUGGUGUGCCUGGAGCCAAAGAAGAUUCUAUCCACAGAAUCUUUGUGAAAGAUUCUGACCGUAAAGAUCCAACGCAAAUGUUCUUCAUCCAGGAGAUUAUAUCGACGUUGGCAAAGUAUGACGAUGCCAGCGAUACGUGGAUUCUUCGCGAUAAGUAUAGAUCGGCAGAUGUGCUGUCGCCAGUGAAGAAGAAGAAUAAGAGAAGAUCAGAUGACAAUGAUGAAGUGGAUGCCAAGAGAGCCAGGAAGUCAAGAGAGUGGUCGGAUUCAUCAGGACCGAGUACUUCUAGAAUGUAAAAAUUCUCUACUCUUUUUAUAUUUUCAAAUUUUCCAGUAAAAUACCGCAUUUGCUCCCAUUAUUCAUUGAUUCAUUUUUCACACUGAUAAUUUGAAUCCCCCAGCCCCAAAUUGCUAAACCUGCCUUUUAUAUUUAUUGCUUUUUACCCAUUUUGCCACUGUUAUUAUAUUGCACAUUUAUCAUAUUUCAUCACUAUUAUAUUAUAAUCAUUUCAUAAUACCCCCAUCAAAGCCAAGAAGGCUUCUCCCACAAGAUCUCGUUAUCAGAUCUUUUUUCCAUAGUAUCACGCUUCUACCUGUCAUUGACCACCACUCAAGUUUUCACGGUUUUCUCCCAGUUGUGAUAUUACACAUUCUUUCUCUUUUUGUUUGAAGAAUAUGAAUAAAUAAUCAUUGCAUUG